AUGGCGACUGCAGCAUCACGAGCCGGGUAUAGCAAAGAACAGCAUGCCCAUCAAACAGAUGGAUACGGGCAAUAUGUGGACAUCCCAUUCAGUACUCUCGAGCAUCAGCUUCAUGCCUCUGCACUGGGCGACUGCUCAGGCAUCACUGUGCUUGACCUCGGUGGCGGCCAAGGCCUUCGGGCCCGCCAGGUCAUCGACCACGGUGCUGCCGCCGUCGAUGUUGUCGACUUAUCUCCGGAAAUGAUGCAAGCCGGCCAGAAGAUCGAAGCGUCGCUGGGCAGGGGCGACAAAGUCAUACACUGGUUCGAGGGUGACGUAUCCAAGCCCGAAAGUCUGGCGAGUGUUCCUCUGAGAUUCAAGGAGGAGGGUUACGACAUGGUCAUGGCGAAUUGGCUAUUCGACCAUGCUGGGAGUAUGGACAUACUGGACGGUAUGUUCCGAUCCGUCGUCGCAUACUUGAAGCCCGGAGGACGUUUCGUUGGCACUCGGGUCAUUCACGGCCACACUUCCCCGGCUGCGACCACUGGCAAGUAUGGAUACAUCUAUGAGGAUUUUGAAGAAAUUCCUGGCGGGAUGGCAUACCGUUACACCUUGCACGUCAAACCUCCGGUUCAGUACGACGGCGCGAGCAUGGAGGUGACCUACGACCCAGCUCUGAUCAGCGAAUUCCACGCUAAGUACGGAUUGGUGGACACAGAGCUUGAGCCAUCUGAGAGUGCAAGCUGCCUUCAAGAAGACCCGGAGUACUGGAGUCUGUUCAUCGAACGCCCCAGCAUGGCGGUGGUGAAAUCCAAGAAGAAGCAGGACUAA